AUGUUGUUCACUAAAGCAUUUACCGCGCUCUGCGCUGCAUCUUUCGCCUCUGCAGCUCCGUAAGUACCCAGCACACCUCCAGGCUCUUUCCGCGCGUCGCUUUGCUGACACCCCAUCGCAGAAAUGUCAUACACCGUGCUCCCAGCGGCUUCAACUGGGGCAACGAGAUUAUCCGCGGUUGCAACAUUGGAGGCUGGCUGGUCCUCGAGCCCUGGAUCAAGCCAUCCAUCUUCCAGCAGUUCCCCGAUUCGAAAGGCAUCGUCGACGAAUACACCUUGACGCAAUCCCUCGGCGCCGAACAAGCAUACCAGCAGGUCCUGAAGAAGCACUGGGAAACUUGGGUGAGAUGGGAGGACUUCAAGAAGAUCAAGGAUUCGGGCUUCAAUGCUGUGCGCAUUCCCGUCGGCUUCUGGGCAUAUGAUAACACUGGCACUCCAUACUCCAAGGGCGCCGCGCCUUUCAUCGAUGCCGCUAUCGAUUGGGCUCGUUCGCUGGGUCUGAAGGUCAUGAUCGACCUUCACGGUGCCCCCGGUUCUCAGAACUGCUUCGACAACUCCGGGCAGAGAUGUGACAAGGUCGAGUGGACCACUGGCGAUACCGUCAAGCGUACCCUCAACGUCCUGUACACCCUCCAGAAGAAGUACGGCGACGCCAAGUAUGACGAUGUCAUGAUGGGUAUCGAGCUCCUGAACGAACCUCUCACUCCCGAACUCGAUCUCGAUGUGGUGAAGCAGUUCUACAGGGACGGCUUCGGGCAGCAGCGGACCGUCAGCCAGUCGCGAGUUGUCGUUCUCCAGGACGGCUUCCAGAACACCAACACUUACAACGGCUUCCUCACCCCAUCCGACCACAACGCGCAGAACGUCGCUCUUGACCAUCACGAAUAUCAGGUCUUCGAAAACGAUGUCGUGUCGAAGACCCCGCAAGAGCACGUGCAGUACAUCUGCGAGAAUGCAUACGUGUACAAUGGUGCUGACAAGUGGACCUUUAUUGGAGAGUGGACCGGUGCAAUGACCGACUGCGCUUAUGCUCUGAACGGGUACGGCAAGGGUGCUCGGUACGACGGCUCGUUGCCUGGAUCGCAGUAUGUUGGUUCCUGUGCAGGCAAGAACGACAUCGAGUCCUGGUCCCCGCAGAUGCGGGAAGACACUAGGUAUGUGAAUCAACGUCCGGCUGUGUAUGCUUCUCCCAUUUCUAACACUUCGUAGGCGCUACAUCGAAGGCCAAAUGGAGGCUUUCGAGAAGUACACCCAGGGAUGGUUCUGGUGGUACGUACCUCUUCUGGCACCCGAAAGUCUCCCGCGUUGAUCACUGACCUCAUCCGCGAACAGGAACUUCAAGACCGAAGGCGGCAAGGCUCCAGAAUGGGACGCAUUCGCUCUCAUCGAUGCCGGCAUUUUCCCUCAACCACUUACCUCCCGCAAGUACGGAACCAUCUGCUCCUAG